AUGGGCACCAAACGCUCCUGGGAAGGACAGCCACUUGAGCUACACCCCAAAAUUGACGCAGGCGACAUCACCAUGGCGGAAGCAGAGCCACAAGGCGCCUCCAUCAUCUCAAUCUUCGAGAACUUCCGCGACGAGCUCGACGAGCACCAUGACCGCCGCGAGCGCAUUAUUAAGAAGAGCCGAGACAUCACAGCGCUGAGCAAGAAGAUUAUCUUCGCUCUCCAACGUGUCCGCGCAACCAACCAACCCCUCCCUCCUAAAAUCGCGCAAGAAAACCAAACCCGCUUCGACCAAAUCCAUGCUCUCUUUGAGGCCAUUGUGCCAGAACAGCUCGGAAUCAAGGGCUGGCGCUACCAGCGUCAGGUGAGCCCUGGAAUCCAAGAAUACAUUGAAGCGGUAUCCUUCGACCACUAUCUACGUACACAAACCCUCAUUUCACACGCGGAAUGUCAAUCCCGCCUACCAGCCGACAUCCUCCUCUCAGAAGAAGACUAUCUGAUGGGACUGUUUGAUCUCACAGGCGAAAUAAUGCGAUUCGCAGUAUUGUCACUGAGCUCCGGAAACGCGGCCGCCACACAACCCGAGGGCGGAGAGAGUAACCACCGACCGACUCUGGCUUCGUCGCAAGGUGACAUUGUGGUCGAUCUGCGGGCAAUGCGGGCUGGGUUCGAGGCGCUCAGUGUGCCACGGCGGCACUUCAUGUUGCGGGAUCUGCAGAAAAAGAUGGACGUCAUGCAAAAUAGCGUGGAGAAGGUUGAGAUGGCGGCAUAUGGUAUUUUGGUCCGGGGCAGCGAAAGGCCAAGUGGGUGGACUCCCGAUCUUUCAGGGCCGGUGGAGGUCGAAUCGCAUUAA